AUGGCAUUCUACUUCCAACCUCCAAUCUUUGGGAACUACAUUGUCCCAGUGGCUCCAAGAGCGGUCCCUUCCACUCUGGUGGUCUCAUUGCCUUAUACGACUUACACGCCUCUAUACUGGCAACCUGCUCCAGUAAUGGUUCAAGCGCAGCACUAUGUUCUCAAUUCAAACAUCAGAAUCAAGGUCAUAUUCCAUCGAGCAGGAACCGUCCUCGCCUCCAACGAUGCUCACUAUAACUACACACCAACUCGCGAAAUAGUUUUGGCCAACUUGUCCUGUUGGUCUAAGCAGCACAAUCUUGGAGACAGAGUCUACUUGGGCCAGUGUACUCUGUACACCACGCGUAGUCAAUACUCGAAGCUUGAGAUAAUCCCCGAGACUGGUCCUAUCACACCGGCAGAUAAUGUACGAAAGGUAUCAUUUGCGGACCAGCUACCUCCCAACGAAUUCCAGUCGAUCAUGGUUCAGAUAGUUACGAACAGCUAUGGGGCAUUAAUUCUGGUUGACCGUGCUUAUGUGCCUCUUCAAGUUCUAGCCCAGGGGAAUACGCAGAGCCCCCCUUCGGAUCAAGCUUCAAGUGAUGUCACGAAUAACAACUCGAAGGACUUGACCAAUGCCCCUCAGACAGCUCCCCCUGCAAGUGUUGACGGUGCCGAACCUGAACAGUCAGAUAUGGAUGAGGGAGACGUUGCAAAUGGUUGA